AGCGGAAGUAGCGUGGUUUGUAGUCAUCAUGGCGUCUUCCAGAGCACCGACAGGCAACGUGAUCGCUUACUUAAAAUGAGUUUUCGAUGUAGUUGCAUGAACCAUAUUGGUAUAAUCUAAUUUCAUCGCAUCGCAUUUAACCAAGCAAGUUCAUGUUCCUGGGAUUUUUGUUUAAAGAUUUGUUUAAAUCAGCUCAAAAAUGACUUCAUUUAGACCUACAAAAAUUCAAGCCUACCCUAAACUUGGCGAGAAAGUCACACAAGACACACUGUUUUGGAAAAACUACAAGGCUCCGAUCCAAAUUAAGGAGUUUGGAGCAAUCACAAACAUAGACUUCUCCCCUGUGGCUCCACAUAACUUUGCUGUAACAGCCUUCACAAGAAUCCACAUUUAUAGUCAGUUGUCUCAGGAGCCAGUGAAGACAUUUACACGAUUCAAAGACACUGCAUACUGUGGAAGGUUCCGGUCAGAUGGUCAGUUGCUGGUGGCAGGAUGUGAGGAUUCUGUGGUCCGGCUGUUUGAUGUCAAUGGAAGGGUGGCACUCAGGAAGUUCACAGGGCACACAAAGGCUGUGCAUGUAACAGACUUCACCUCAGACCGUUACCAGAUCCUCACAGGGUCAGACGACUAUAGCUGCAGACUUUGGGAUAUCCCAAACGCCGCUGACCUUAACACCUACCGAGAACACACAGAUUACAUUCGCUGUGGUGUCACAAGCAAACUUAACAGAGAUCUCUUCAUUACAGGAUCUUAUGACCAUGCAGUUAAACUGUUUGAUGCCAGAAUGGAGAAGAGUGUAAUGACUAUGGAUCAUGGCCAGCCAGUGGAGAGUCUGCUUCUUUACCCUUCUGAGGGACUCCUUGCCUCUGCAGGGGGGCGAUUUGUGAAAGUCUGGGAUCUGCUAAAAGGAGGGCAACCACUGGUGUCACUGAAGAACCAUCACAAAACUGUCACGAGUUUGUGUUUGAGCAGCAAUGGACAGAAACUUCUUUCUGCUUCUUUGGACAGGCACGUAAAGGUGUACAGUGCAACUAAUUUUAAGGUGGUUCAUAACUUCGACUACGCCGCCUCUAUCCUCAGUAUGGCUUUGGCUCCAAACGAUAAUUCCAUUGUUGUGGGUAUGACCAAUAGUAUUCUAAGUAUCAAGCACAGAAAAGGCCCUGAAGAGUCCAAAGAAGUCCCUGAUCAACAGAAGCGACGACCCUCAUAUCGUGUUUUCAUGAAGGGGAAGAACUACUUCCCUAAACAGGAUGAUUAUCUCGUCAGCAGGCCAGUGAAACAGCAUUUGGCCAAAUAUGACAAGCAGCUCAAGAAAUUUUGUGUAUCGAAGGCUUUGGAUACAGCUCUAGAGACGUGGUUGAGGCAUAAAAAGCCGGAGAUCACAGUUGCUGUUAUAAAGGAGCUGAAUAGAAGAGGAACGUUGAAGAAUGCUCUAGCAGGAAGAGAUGAGCAAGGAGUCUCUCAUUUGCUCAGCUUCCUCAUAGGAAACGUGGUUGACCCCAGGUUUUCUCCUGUUCUUGUACCGGCUGCUGAGAUGAUCCUGGACAUCUACCAGUCAAUAAUUGGUCAGUCACCAAUUGUGGACCGACAGCUCCAGCGCCUGCAAGAGCUGCUGGAGAAAGAGAUUGACUUCCAGCAGGGCCUCCUGGAGGUGCUGGGCAUGUUGGACACGAUGUUUGCCUCAGCCCUCCCCAGGAAAGAGGUGCCAUGCUCAGUCAUCAGCAGGUCUAAUGGACUGACCCGGGAGGAGUCGGCCAGUACAGCAUGAGCACGGCUUCAGAAAUGUGUGCUACUAAAGCCUCUUUUCAUGGACUUGAACACUUAGGUGCAAAUUUUAAGAGCCUGACAAAUCCAUGGUGUUGCUGGUUUUAAUAUGCCAUGACUGACAACGCAACAGAGAGAACAUACAUCCAAUGUAUGAAGAAUGUAAAGCAAGACUUUGCUUUUAUUGAAGGUGUAAUUGCAUCUUAUUUACGCUUUCAGCUGUAUGUGUACAGUGUGUGGGAGGGGUGCGUGUGUGCUUCCCUGUAAAUGUCUGCUUUGUCUUCAUAUUUGCAAAUGACAUAUGUUUUAUAAGCAGAUAAAUAAAUUUUUGUAAUAUUGGAA